GACUCAAGAGAUAUCAAACAAAUCAGAGAAUUGAAUAAACUCAAUUAUUGAGAGAUGGAAAAGAUGAUAUUAUUAUUGCUGCUCUUCUCUCUCAACUCUCAACUAACCAUGGGAGAAGGAACUGUAACAACAACAACAGGACGUAUUAAAAAAGUCUGCACUCAGAUACUCAACCUUGGUGACAACCAAGUCAAACCUCUUGGCGAUGAAGAUGAGGAUGCCAUCAUUGAGUUGCUUGGAUGUUCACAGACGAUGACUUAUGGCAGCAUCAGAAAUGAAAGCUCGAUUUGUGAGGUUUCAAGUUCAGAUACCGUUACUUGCGACUGCAGUCUCGAUAUGAACGUUUGUCGCGUGACGGAAAUUCGUUUUACUAAUUAUCGGAGUUUGGAAGGUGAAUUGCCAGAAAAAAUCGGAAACCUUACAAAUUUAACCUCAAUAACAUUGUAUGGAAACAAGUUUUCUGGCGAGAUUCCAAUGUCGUAUGCAAAUUUAAAGAAUCUCUUGCAUUUGGAUCUUGAAGGCAACGAAUUGGAAGGAUCAAUACCCCGGUUUAUUGGUAAUAUGAAGUUGGAAUUCUUGGAUCUAUCUGGUAAUUCAUUUGUUGGUGAAAUUCCAGCUCAAUUGAGUUCUCUUGUAAAUCUAACGUAUCUGGAUCUAUCUUCAAAUUCAUUCAGUGGUUCAAUUCUUAAUCACUUGGGUUCCCUUGUAAAUCUAGAGUCUCUGGAUCUAUCUAGUAACUCAUUUGAUGGUCCAAUUCCAACUCAGUUGACUUCUCUAAAAAAUCUAACAUAUCUGGAUCUAUCUAGUAACUCAUUUGGCGGUCUAAUUCCAACUCAGUUGGCUUCCCUAAAAAGUCUAACACAUUUGUAUCUAUCUGAAAAUUUAUUCAGUGGUUCAUUUCCUACUCACUUGAGUUCCCUUGUAAAUCUACGGUAUUUGGCUCUAUCUGGUAAUUCAUUUGAUGGUCCAAUUCCACCUCAACUAAACUCCCUUGCAAAUCUGGAGUUUCUGAAUCUAUCCGCUAAUUUAUUUAGCGGUUCAAUUCAAACUCAAUUUGGUUCCUUCGUAAAUUUAACAUCGCUGGACCUUAGUAACAAUAACCUCUCUGGUCCUCUGCCCGAUCAGCUUAAAAAUCUACUUCUUCUUGAAUAUCUCAAUGUUCAAGGGAACAACUUGAAUGGAACAAUCCCAGAUUUCAUUGGACAACUACAAAACCUCACAUAUUUGUCUCUAUUGGGAAAUAAUUUUGAAGGUCCUCUCCCUGCUACUGCAUUUUCAAACUUGACAAAAGUUGACCACUUGCAUGUAAGCGACUUAAUUGGAGGAGGAGAGUCGCAGUUUCCUAAUUUUACAAUUAGGCAUUCCUUGAACUAUCUGACAUUGAGGAAUUGCUCACUUGCUGGUCCUAUUCCUGACAUCAUCUGGAAUCUAACGGCUCUGUAUUUGUUGGACUUGAGUUUCAAUAGUUUGUUUGGUCAAAUUCCAAAUCAUUCCACCCUGGUCCCACCAAUGCACAUAUUUCUCCGAGGAAAUAAGCUCAAUGGGACAAUUCCAACAUGGAUAAUGAAUUCGACUAUGAAUAUCGAUGUGUCUGAAAAUUUUUUCACAAACAAUGUCGCACAAAUUGAAAAACUGCAUUCAAACUCAUCUAACCUGAACUUUUUCUCAUCCCUUAAUUCCAGUGACGGGGGUACAUAUUGGGAAGAAGUUGGCUAUAACUGUAGCAGCGACCUAAAAUACCAAUUAAAAGACCGUCUAUUCAUAAAUUGUGGUGGUGACUUAAUGAAUAUAAAUGGAAGUUUUUAUGAAGGCGAUCUGAAUUCAAAUGGAAGUUCAACUUUCUUUCUGAGUAGCAAUUCAACAUGGGGUUAUAGUAGUAUGGGAUCCUACUUAGUAACAGAUGACGUAUACAUAAUGAACAAUACAUGCAUUGUUGGUGUUGGUGAUGAACCUCUUUACAGUACAGCACGUGUAUCCCCAAUCUCCUUGAAGUAUUAUGGAUUUUGUUUAAGGGAUGGUGAAUAUACUGUGAGACUUCACUUUGCUGAAUUAGUUAGGUACAACAACUAUAAAACCCCAUAUGUCAACAAAUCAGGUCGAGUUUUUGAUGUGGAUAUCCAGGGAAAGAAUGAACUUAAGGAUUUCAACAUAGAAAAGGAAGCAGAGGGUGUAAAUAAGGCUUACACUGUGGAAAUAGAAAAUGUUAGAGUUAACAAUGAUAGUCGAUUGGAGAUUCAUUUAUAUUGGUCAGGGAAGGGUUCAAUGAUGUACCAAGGUCCACUUAUAUCUGCAAUUUCUGUAUAUCCUUCUAAAGAGAGCGGCCUAUCUCCUCCAAAGAUAGCUGCAAUCUCAUUAUCUGUCUUAAUCCUUCUAGUAGUGUUCAUAGUUUAUUUAUGGAAGAUGGAAGACAAUUCACAUGAAGGAAUGGUUGAGUUGUAUCCUGGAGGACUUUACAACUUCCAAAAAGUAAAAGUUGCUGCCAAAAAUUUCAAGCACAAGCUUGGUAAGGGUGGCUUUGGAACUUUCUAUGAGGCUACACUCGGCAAUGGAACGGUGGUUGCAGUUGAAAAGGUUUCAGCCACAAAAGAUAUAAUACGUGCAUUUCGAGAAAAGGAUUCUACAAUUUCUCUCAUGGAACAUCCCAACCUUGUAAAGCUCAUGGGAUGCAUUGCAGAGAAGAACCAACUGUUGCUUGUUUAUGAGGAUAUAGGCCAUAAUUCCCUUCAAAAUGCACUUUUUGGUUCAGACAGGUCGAGAUUAGAUUGGCCAAAAAGGUGCAACAUUUGCCUUGGCAUAGCAGAAGGUCUAGCUUUUCUUCAUGAGGGCAAGCAAAAAAAUGUUCAUGGAAAUAUCAAACCAACCACCAUUUUUCUUGACAAACAUGACAAUGCUAAGAUAUCUGACUUUGGAUUUUCCAGGCUCCAUGACCAGGGAAAGUCACGCGAGGAAGGAACAGUGGUAUACAUGGCACCUGAAUACGCAAAAUAUGACCUCUUAACAACAAAGGCAGAUGUGUAUAGCUUUGGAGUUGUUGUACUUAUAGUUGUUAGUGGAAAGAAAGAAAAGAUUUCAAUGUCUAGCAGUGGGGCUGACACCGAGUACCUUCCAGAUCUCGCGGCACGUGAAAAGCAGAGAGAAGGGCAUUUUAUGAAUCUAGUUGACAAAACCAUAUCGAACACAAUGGAUUGGAAUCAAGCAGAUACAAUGUUAGAACUAGCAUUGCUGUGCUUGGACCAGUACCCAGAUCAAAGACCAACCAUGUCUCAAGUUGUCAAGGUUUUAAAAGAACAGCUUCCAUUGAAGGAUCUAAAGGAAAGUUUAAAGCAGCAAUCUUCUGUCAGAGAAACUCAACCACAUGGUGAGAUUUCCACAACUCACCAUUCAAAAUCGAGGAGCACUUCAAGGGGUGGGAUGACAGACACCAGCGUUUCUGCUUCUCCCAGCAGCACUGCUUGAAUUGAAGAACAACACUACAAAUCCAUGCUGCUUUUCAGUUGUUCUGAUCUGCUAAAAUGAAUGGUUUCCCAAAAGAAUUAAACGAGCUUUCACAAACUCACAAGUGAUGGUGCAAGCUGAUUUAAUUCCUUUGGGAAACCAUUUAUUUCAGCACAACAACUCAAAACCAGCAUAGAUUUGUACUUACACACCACCACUUGUGAGUUUCAGAAUAUGCACUGCUUUCCUAUUUUCAAUAUUGUUUGUCUCGAUCUCCACUCUUGCUAGUAUGUUUUGCUUUUGUGAAAUAGUUGUGAUAUAUGACAUGCAUGUAUAAUGCUAUUAUUUUAUAUUUUCCACUUUGUAAAA